AUGCAUAGGCGCGAGAUACCAGUGUGUGAAGUCUGCCAACUUCCAGCGAACCAGACAUGUGGGGGCUGUAAGCUGGUGUAUUACUGUUCAAGGGCUCAUCAAAAGUUGGGAUGGAAGGAAGGGCACAAAACAAAAUGUUGUGCCUACAAGAUUCAAGUCUCAGAUGAGUUGGGGCGACACAUGGUUGCCAUCAGGGACAUCCAGAAAGGUGAAGUGAUAUUAAAAGAAAAGCCAGCUGUUAGCGGUCCGAGAAUAACUUGCCCUGUGCAUUGUUUGUCAUGUGGCAAGAAACUUGAGCCUAUACAAAAAGAUGAUGAAUUAGAUUUCUAUAAAUGCAGUUCGUGUAAAUGGCCAAUGUGUGGUAACGAUUGUGAAAAGGCUGAUGUGCAUCAAGAUGAAUGUAAAUUAAUGAAGAAGCGAAAUUAUAGAUGUGAAAUAAAGUAUGAACGUCCAGAUAAGGCAGAAGCAGCAUAUUGCAUUAUUGCUCCAUUAAGAGUAUUGUUAAUGAAAACAAAUAAUCCUAAACAAUAUGAGAGUAUAAUGAGCUUAGAAUCUCACUUAAAAGACAGAGUAAAUACGCCUUUAUAUCAAGUCUUAAAGGCCAACCUUGUCACGUUUGUUACACAAGUGCUUGGUCUGCCGUUUGACGAGGAAACUAUUUUGAAAGUAGCUUCGAUAUUUGACACAAACUCCUUUGAUGUAAGAUCUCCGGAUGGAUCUAAAAGGUUACGUGCUAUUUAUGUGACAGCUUCAAUGAUGAAUCAUAAUUGUAAGCCUAAUACGCGGCAUAUUUAUCUGAACGAUGAUAACAACUUAGCUCUUAUAGCAACAGUGCCGAUUGCAAAAGGUGAGAUGAUUUUUGCAACAUACACACAAACAUUGUGGGGAACAUUGGAUAGAAGAAGGCAUUUGAAAAUGAACAAAUGUUUCGAAUGCAAAUGCGAAAGAUGUAGUGAUCCAACAGAGUUUGGAACGUAUAUAGGUAAUAUUUAUUGUUCAAUUUGUAACCAUUCAAGCGUAGAUUCAUAUCCACCAACAGAUGCUAUGUUAGUUUCCACCAACCCAUUAGAUGAAACAGCAUCAUGGCAAUGUGAGAAAUGUGGCUACUAUAUACAAAGUAGGCAAAUGGUGUGGGGUAAUAAUGCGCUGAAGCAAGAACUACGGACACUACAUAAGGCGGGACCAAAAGGUUUUGAAGAAUUCAUAAAUAAGUAUAGCUCGACGUUGCAUUCCACUAAUCACUUGGUGAUUCAAGCCAAGUUAGCGCUGAUGCAGAUUUAUGGCAACUAUAAAGGAUACACUUUGACGGAGCUUCCUGACCAUCUUUUAAAACGAAAAGUAGACUUAUGCCACGAGUUACUUGAGGUAGCUGAAAAAUUAGAUCCUGGUUGGUCGAGGUUCCGCGGUACCAUACUGUUGGAACUUCAAGGUGCAUUGAUGAUGCAAACUAAGAGGGACUUUGAAGAAGAUAAACUAACAAAAGAAGGAGCUCAGGAGCAGCUAAUGGAAAGUAUGGCGCUACUUCAAGAAGCUACAAAUAUUUUGAAGACAGAGCCACAUAUGAAGCAAACUUUGGAAACAAAAGUUCAGGAUAUAAAAGCUAUGUUAGAUUGGACUAGUCCC